AUGAUAAAACCAACUUCUCUGAGACCGAUUAGCCAGAGACCCGUGGCGUGGUCAAUCACUUUUACUUCCUACAAUCCACUGUAUAAGCGCCGUCGACACCAGUCUCAAAUGGCAGCACAAAAAUAUAAAUGCGGCGUUGAUGCAGAACCGCUGCAUCGUUACGAAGCUGGUGGCUACCAUCCCCUGGCUCUGGACGAUGUCUUAGAAGGUGGGCGAUAUAAAAUCCUCCAUAAGCUAGGCUGGGGUAGCUACUCUACUACAUGGGCUGCAAAAGACCAGAGAGAUGAUCUUUAUGUUGCCCUCAAGGUGGCAACAUCUGAAGCGAAAGAGAGCAGGGAGCUUAAAGUGCUACAAGCUGUUUCUUCUCUGCCCAACAAUCACCCUGGGUGGCAUUAUGUGAAUAAAAUGCUAGACCAUUUCACCCUUGUUGGCCCCAACGGUUCACACGAUUGUUUGGUCCUUGAACUUGUCGGCCCUAACGUUGCAGAUAUUGUUGACAAACACCUCAAGGAUUCCAGACUUCCUUCGAAUGCCGCGAGAUUGUUCUCCAAGCAGAUUCUUCAAGGGCUUGAUUUUCUUUCUGCUAGCAACAUUUGCCAUGGCGAUAUUCAUACAAGAAAUCUGGCUUUAACGAUACCAAACUUACAUUCACUUAGUGAGAGAGAUUUUAUAGCCAAGCUUGGUGAACCCGACACAGGUUUGGUAUUGGGACCCGAUGACGAGCCUCUACCAAAGAAUCUGCCUACGCAAAUUGUCAGACCUGCAUCCUUUAGACACCGAGAGGUUCAGCGUAUACUAGCUGAGCCAUCGAUCAAAAUUAUUGAUUUCGGUGAAGCAUUUCUUAGCGAUGAUGCGCCAAGCACGUUACAUAGCCCGCUACCAGUGCGCGCUCCAGAAAUUGUUUUCGGAGACAAGCUCGAUCACCGUGUUGACCUUUGGAGCACUGGCUGUUUAAUCUUUGAACUUAUUACUGGUCAGCCGCAAUUCGAUGUCAUAAUGUUAACUCCCCCAAUUCUCGUUGAGCGAAUGAUUGAGCUCAUCGAUGAUGAAUUGCCGCCAAGAUGGCGAGCCAAAUGGCAAGCAAUGCAAGGCACGCCAACACCACCGGAUGAUGGUAUGAGCCUUCACAGUUGGUUGGAGGAGGUUUAUUUUGAUACCGAUAAGACGGCAGAGUUCACGAAAACUGAUCUUAAGCGAGCGGCAGAGCUCAUCGCACGUCUCAUGAGGUUCGAGCCUUGA